AUGUCAAGUGGCUCAAGAAUCUCCACAGGUUCAAGCAAUCAGAGAGUAGAUAAGAACGUACUCUGUGAUUGUGAACUCCCUUCAAGAAUUCGUACCUCCAAGACCAAAGAUAACCCUGGAAAGAAAUUCCAAGUGUGCCCUAACUCAUUGAAACCAGGGAAAAAGUGUAAAUUUUGGGAAUGGAUUGAUGAAGAACCUAAGAAUAUGAAGGCCACUGCAGAAGAUAGUCUUUCAGAUUUUGCAGAUUAUCUUAAACAAGUUUUAGAGGAUGUGACAUCUGUUAGAGAAGAAGUGAAACAGUUAAAGGUUAUGAUUCAGAUACUGAUUCUGUUGGUCAUUGUUAAGGUUAUGUUUUGGGGUUGA